AUGGACUGGGGGGCCACUGGCAAUGCCGAGUACAUUGCCCAAACCUAUGGCGUCUCUGGCAGCAAAUACGAAACAGUCACAGCAAGGUCUUCAUCGGAGUCUAGUCUUGCGACCUGGCAAGUUGGCUUCUACAACGCCCGGGGCGCCGCUACCCCCGACGCUACGCCGAAACAUUCAGGUUCAAAAGCCGGCCUUGAACAAGUCAACAAUCUCUACUGUUUCCGAACAGUCUUUCUACCCUAG